AGCCACACUAUAAGGUUAGGUAUUUCGACCCUGUGCGCACAUUUCGAAGCAAGUGAAGUGAAGUGAGCCUUGUUGUUUCACGUCAAAAAGAAUCGGAAGCAUUCGUUUAACUGUCUUGUCAAUACUUCGCAGUACCAGUUUUAUUCACAAUGUUCCGCUUGCCAGUUUCGCUUGCUCGCACCUCCGUCAGCCGCCAGCUGGCGAUGCGCGGCUACGCCAAGGACGUCCGGUUCGGUCCCGAGGUGCGCGCCAUGAUGCUCCAGGGCGUCGAUGUGCUGGCCGAUGCCGUGGCGGUGACCAUGGGCCCCAAGGGCCGCAACGUGAUCAUCGAGCAGUCGUGGGGCUCGCCGAAGAUCACCAAGGACGGCGUGACCGUGGCCAAGUCGAUCGAGCUGAAGGACAAGUUCCAGAACAUCGGCGCCAAGCUGGUCCAGGAUGUGGCCAACAACACGAACGAGGAGGCCGGCGACGGCACCACCACCGCCACCGUUCUGGCCCGCGCCAUCGCCAAGGAGGGAUUCGAGAAGAUCUCGAAGGGCGCCAAUCCCGUCGAGAUCCGACGCGGCGUCAUGCUGGCCGUUGAGACCGUCAAGGACAACCUGAAGAGCAUGUCGCGCCCGGUUAGCACACCGGAGGAGAUCGCCCAGGUGGCCACCAUCUCGGCCAACGGCGACCAGGCCAUCGGCAACCUGAUCAGCGAGGCCAUGAAGAAGGUUGGACGCGACGGCGUCAUCACCGUCAAGGACGGCAAGACCCUCAACGACGAGCUGGAGGUGAUCGAGGGCAUGAAGUUCGAUCGCGGCUACAUCUCGCCGUACUUCAUCAACUCGUCGAAGGGCGCCAAGGUGGAGUUCCAGGACGCACUGCUCCUGCUCUCCGAGAAGAAGAUCUCCUCGGUGCAGAGCAUCAUUCCCGCCCUCGAGCUGGCCAAUGCGCAGCGCAAGCCGCUGGUGAUCAUCGCCGAGGACAUCGACGGCGAGGCCCUGAGCACCCUGGUGGUGAACCGCCUCAAGAUCGGCCUCCAGGUGGCCGCCGUCAAGGCGCCCGGCUUCGGGGACAACCGCAAGAGCACCCUCACCGACAUGGCCAUCGCCUCCGGCGGCAUUGUCUUCGGCGACGACGCCGAUCUCGUCAAGCUGGAGGACGUGAAGGUCAGCGACUUGGGCCAGGUGGGCGAGGUGGUGAUCACCAAGGACGACACCCUGCUGCUGAAGGGCAAAGGCAAGAAGGAGGACGUCCUCCGUCGCGCCAACCAGAUCAAGGACCAGAUCGAGGACACCACCUCCGAGUACGAGAAGGAGAAGCUGCAGGAGCGUCUGGCUCGUCUCGCCUCCGGCGUGGCUCUGCUCCGCGUCGGCGGCUCCAGCGAGGUGGAGGUCAACGAGAAGAAGGACCGCGUCCACGACGCCCUGAACGCCACCCGCGCCGCCGUCGAAGAGGGCAUCGUUCCCGGUGGCGGCACCGCUCUGCUGCGCUGCAUCGAGAAGCUGGAGGCUGUGAAGACCAGCAACGAGGAUCAGAACCUCGGUGUGGAGAUCGUGCGCCGUGCCCUGCGCAUGCCCUGCAUGACCAUCGCCAAGAACGCUGGAGUGGAUGGCGCCAUGGUGGUGGCCAAGGUGGAGACCCAGUCCGGGGACUUCGGCUACGAUGCGCUGAAGGGCGAGUACGGCAACCUGAUCGAGAAGGGCAUCAUCGAUCCCACCAAGGUGGUGCGCACCGCCAUCACGGACGCCUCUGGAGUGGCCUCCCUGCUGACCACCGCCGAGGCUGUGGUCACCGAGAUCCCCAAGGAAGACGGCGCCCCCGGAAUGCCCGGCAUGGGUGGAAUGGGCGGCAUGGGAGGCAUGGGCGGCAUGGGUGGCAUGAUGUAAGCCACCACCGCAGAGCAGAGAGAGUACCAGCCUAAUGUUUAAGCCAUGAUGCGGAGCGACGACGAUGCACACGAAAAGAAGGAACCACAGCGAACGCAGAUCAGCAGGAACCAGUAUCAUCCAGUCGAGGCGAGACCACCAAUAUCUCUCACGUCGGUGCAUCCAGCAGAUCCAGAUGCACACCUCCCUUCUGACUACGCGCUCCCACUCACACACAUUCUAAUCCUUGAUGGAAACUCGCUUUGCUUCGCAUUUAUCCUUUGGCAAAAGCAGCAGCAUCAUCAGCACAACCACAACCACAAUCACAAAUGGAUCCCUUGGAUGUGAGCUCGCCGAGACUCCUGCGUUCGCUGCGUUCCAUCGUCCAGAGUCGCCGCUUCCUCCAUCGUGUUCUACGUUUUUUUUAACUAUUCCUUAACUCUAUUUUUUUUUUACAUGUUAUAUAUGUAAAGAUACCGUUAGUUGUAAAAUAUAAAAUAAAAACACAGAAGUUAAAUUGAGGAAA